AUGUAUCUGUACCUUUUUCUAUGUUCAAUUUUUAUUGAAAAUGCUCUUGGAGCAUUUGUUGAUAUGUCAAGGCAGACUAUGAAUCCAAUUAUGACAACAACAACACCAGUUAAUACAGGUUUGCAUUUUUAUUUUAUUUUGAAAGAUUUCUAAAAAUUGAAAUUGUUAAUUGCCACAUCACAGUUCACGUAGAAAAAUAAAAACGUGAUGUUUAAAAAAAUGCAAAAAGAAAGCACAUUUUGAACGGUCAAGAAUAAUUGUCAAACAUUGAUAUUUGAACAACGGACCGCGUGCCCCUUUUCUUUAUAAUAUUCCAAUUUCUGUUAUAUACCCCUACCAAACCAUAUGACCGACAUUUGCCUGGUCAACUCAUAUAUUUUUCUGCUGUUGUGGGGAAGGGGGAUGAAAGAAUGCUGCUCAAACUGUUCCGCAACAUGUUCGUUGUGACGUCAUCGUUUUACUUCAAAUACUUACUGUAGGUUCAACUGUUUUUUAUUUUUAAACUAAAAAUAAAAACUUGAAAUAACUUUUAUCUACCACUUUUUUCAUUCGAUAAAUACGUUUUCGAAAUUUUUAGCAGGAAACGGCUUUUAAAAUUUUUACUCUCGAAAUCGAAAAUUUACUUUACAUUAUCGAAAAGUACCAGAAACCUAGGAAAACUGACGAUAAAAUUAAAAAAAAGUAUUCAAUAAAAUGUUGGAACUUAUUCCAAUUUUUGUAUAAACAGUUGAACGAAAGAAAACACUAUGACGUCACAACGAACAUGUUGCGGAACAGUUUGAGCAGCAUUCUUUCGUCCCCUUUCCCAUGACAGCAGAAAAAUAUAUCAAUUGACCAGGCAAAUGUCGGUCAUAUGGUUUGAUAGGAGUAUAUAACAGAAAUAGGAAUGUUAUAAAGAAAAGGGGCACGCGGUCCGUUGUUCAAAUAUCAAUGUUUGACAAUUAUUCUUGACCGUUCAAAACGUGCUUUCUUUUUGCAUUUUUUUAAACUUCACGUUUUUAUUUUUCUACGUGAAUUGUGAUGUGGCAAUUAACAAUUUUAGAAAAUUUUUCAAAAUUUGCUCAUUUCAAAAAAAAACGUCUAUGAAAAAAGGCUCCCGUAUUUCAGGCUGUUCUGAUUCUUCUCCAUGCCAAGUUCCAGCAAUUCUUCCAAAAACCAGUCAAUUUUGGCCCAAUUCAGAUGUUCUUGUUGGACUUCAGACCCAAUUGCAAUUAUCUGGAAAUGCACCUGCAGUCACCCAAUCAUCUCUCGAUUCUACUUCAUCUGGAAAUAUUUUUAUUGCUCGAGCUGGUUCGGAUUAUUAUAAAUAUCCUGAAGAUUCGUCGAAUGUUCAGACAAGACAAGCUGGAUUUGGGAAUCAGCAAGGAGUUCAGAGAGAUUCUGGGGAUAAUCAAGGUUGGAAUUCGAGAGUUCAGUGGAACUCGUUUGGAGCAGGAAAUGGAAGGAUGAGUCAGCAGAGCCAACAAUUUGGAAGCCAGAAUUCUGGAUUUGGAAAUUCUAAUUUGAACUCGAAUAAUCAGAACCAGAAUUAUAUGAAUCAAAAUCAACAGGCUUCUAAUGGAUUUGGAGCACAAAGUUCUAAUAGCCAAAACUUUGGGCAACAAAACCAACAAAGUCAGUUUGGAAGCCAAAGUUCCACGAAUCAAAACUCUGGAAACCAAAAUCAACAAGGAUUCUCUGGAUUUGGAACUCAGAAUUCUAACAAUCAGAAUACAAAUAAUUUCGGUCAACAAAAUCAAUCUGGAAAUCAAAAUCAGAACUUUGGCCAACAAAGAUUUGGCUCACAAAAUUCUGGAAAUCCAGGAUUCUCCAAUCAAAGAGAUCAGUCUCAAAAUAAUCAGGCUUCUUCAGGAUUUGGGCAACAGAACUCAAAUCAACAAGGAUUUGGAUCACAAAGUUUUGGAAAUCAGAAUGGCCAAGCUGGAAGUUCAGGAUUCGGAAAUCAAAAUUCAGGACAACAAAAUCAAUUUGGUGGAGCUCAGAAUUCUGCAUUUGGAAAUCAAAAUUCUAAUAAUCAGAAUCAGAACUCAGGAAGCCAACAAGGAUUUGGCUCACAGAUUUCCGGACAACAAAACCAGUUUGGAAAUCAACAAAAUCAACCAGGAUUUUCUGGAACUCAAAAUUCUAGAUUUGGAAAUCAGAACUCAGGUUUCGGCUCGCAGAACUCUGGAAGCCAGGGAUUUUCCAACCAAAGAGAUCAAUCUACAAAUAUGAACAAUCAAGCUGGAAAUGCUGGACAGAUCUUUGGACAACAGAAUCAAGGAAUUCCAGGGCAACAAAAUCAAAACGGAAAUUCUGUGAGUCAGAAUAACUUCGGUCAAGGUGGAAGUUUCGGAAGUCAAGGAUUUACCGGAGCUCAGAAUCAGUUUGGAACUCAACAGAAUCAACCCGGGUUUUCUGGAGCUCAGAAUUCCGGUUUCGGAAACCAAAAUUCUAACUCACAAUCAGGACAACAAAGUUCUGGUAAUCAAGGAUUUCCUGGACAACAAAAUCAAUCCGGAAGUCCAAAUUCUGGAAAUCAACCCGGAUUCGGAAAUCAAAAUGCUAAUAGCCAGAACUCCGGACAACAAGGCUUCGGCUCCCAAAAUUCUGGUAGCCAAGGAGCUCAAAAUUCUGGAUUUCGAAACCAAAAUCAACAAGGAGCUUUCGGAUUUUCAUCACAAAAUUCUAGUAAUUCGGGAUUUCCUGGCCAACAAAAUCAAGCAACUAACAACCAAAAUCCUUUCAUGAAUCAAAAUCAAAACCCUGGACCUCAAAAUCAAGCAGGAAAUCAGAAUCAACAAGUAUUUUCUGGAUUUGGCACCCCGAAUUCACAAUCAGCAAGAUCAACCUCAACUUCUAGAAUUCCCCGAUCGUCCGGAAAUCUGCCGAAUUCAGCAGAAUGGACAUAUAUUCCAGGACCACCCGGUUCAAAUGUAAACUACGUCACGAAUCAGGUAAUUUUAAAACAUUUCACAAUCACUUACAAAAUAUUUCCCAAACAUUCCAGGCCGUAUCAAAUCUGAGCCCAGAAGGUCAACAAAUUGGAGCACAAAUCCAAGUGAGUUUUUUUUUGUGUUGACACCCUUCAAAAAAUAUGUAUAUGUAUAUGAUAAUGAAGGACACUUGAAAUUUGAUUGUCAGAUUUUGAAGAGAGACAAAAAAUGACAUGAUUGUUGGGAAACAGAUGGUGAUUGGAUUUGGGAAGUUUUUUUGGGAAAAAAUUUAAUUUGGAAAUUUAAAAGAUCUCUUAAACACUGAAAUGAGGGAAAAAUAAUUCAAAAACUUCUGAAAAAAAUCAAAUUUUUACCCAAAAUUCCAAAACGCUUUUCUGAAUCGAAAAGUUUAUUCUCAAAAUUUUUUAUAAAACAUUUUUCUACCUGAAUCAUCUACCAAAACUUGAAAAAGUGUUAAUCCCCCGGUUCCUUUUCUCCUAACAUUUUCUAACAAAGAACAAAGAAGAAUUAACACCAUUCCAUUUUUUUUGCAGGCAAUCCGCUCAAAUCUCAACUUGACAAACACCGAAGCGAGCCAACAAAUCCAACAAAUCGUCUCAAAUCUUCCACAAAAUUUGCAAAAUGAAUUGGCCAAUUUUUAA